AGCAGGGAGACUGAGAGGAACACGGACCUCGACUCGCUUUGAGAAAAAACCCGAACUUAAUGUUCUGUCCGAAUAAAACUCCUCUGGCCUGUUGCUUCCUCUCAAUGCAUCUGCUGAGCGGCAGGUGUGAAGGAAGAGGUGUCUGAACCUGAAGAAGAGGAGGAGGAGGAGGAGGAGGAGCAACUGAGGAGUACAACAGGGCAAAGUGACAAAUCAAGACUGUCCAACUUGUGCAGAUGACCACUGAUCUGGCCGAGGCUGUCAGCGCGGACAUCUGACUCACACACACACACACACACACACACACACACACACACACACACACACACACACACACACACACACAGUCCUGCACAAUGCCCGCAGGAGGACAGAAGUUCUCGGACAUGGAGAUGUUAGUGGGGAUGGAGGACGAGCGAAUGAACACUGCCAGGAGCCGGGCUGGGAGCUGCGUGGAGUUUUACACCGUCAGAAAGAUGAAGACCUUGGCCCAGAGGCGACAGUCGGCUCCUUCGCUGGUCAUCAGCAAAGCACUUACCAGAUCGAAAAGCACGUCCAGGGAAAGCUGCCUGACGCCAGUCAGCCCCGAGACGUGUCCCCUCGUCCAGGCCUUCCUGGCCGAGUGUCCGCGCCGCCUGUUCCUGGGCCACGCCCAGACGCAGCUGAAGACGGGCCUGCAGACGCAGGAGAGACACCUCUUCCUCUUCACGGACACGCUGCUCGUCGCCAAGGCCAAGUCUCCGACUCAUUUCAAAGUCAAGGCCCAGGUCCGGGUGUGUGAAAUGUGGACGGCCAACUGCAUGGAGGUGGUGUGUGAGGGAAGCACCAGCCCAGAGAGGUGCUUCGUCAUGGGUUGGCCCACCUGCAACUGUGUGGCCACCUUCAGCUCCGAGGAGCACAAGGACAACUGGUUGGCGCUCAUCAAAAGUCGGAUAAUUGAGGGAAAAGAGAAGGACGACCCCAAGACCAUUCCACUCAAGAUAUUCGCAAAGGAUAUUGGGAAUUGUGCCUAUGCCAAGACGCUCGCUGUCAGCAACACUGACAGCACCACCGACGUCAUCCGCAUGGCCCUGCUGCAGUUCGGCAUAUCGGGCUGCGUUAAAGACCACCGCUUGUGGGUGAGCUCCAGUAAAGACGACCCUCCAUAUCCUCUAAUCGGCCACGAGUUUCCCUUCAGCAUCAAGAUGAGCCACAUCCGGGACGGCGGGAGCAACGGCGGAGGCCUCGCAGGUGGAGGGGGGUGGGAUCCGACGAGUCCCACCGACUGUCCAGGGGUGCUGCUGCUGGACCAGUGUCUGCCCCCCGACACCCAGUGCCAGUUUAUCCUCAAACCCAGCAAGGUCGCCCCAGGACAGGCUCAACUUUUAGAGCCCGGUCAGCAGAAGUCUUUCAAGAGGAAGCGGUCUCUGAUCAACUGGCCCUUCUGGAGAGGCUCCAACACGCAGCUGGACGGCCUGCCGCUGUCCCCGACCUCGCUCUCUCCCACCCAGGGACGGCUGUUCGGACGACCCCUGAGCUCCAUCUGCUCCCCCGACCACGGCCUGCCCAAGCCUGUCAUGGACAUGUUGGUGUUCCUGUAUCUGGAGGGGCCGUACACCAGGGGCGUCUUCAGGCGGUCGGCCGGGGCCAAGGCCUGCAGGGAGCUCCGAGACCGACUGGACAGUGGGACCGACGACCCGGAGAUCUCACACCAGUCCGUGUUCAUCAUCGCUGCCGUCUUCAAGGACUUCCUGCGAAACAUCCCGGGCAGCAUGUUGUGUACGGACCUGUACGACCAGUGGGUGGACGUGAUGGAGGGCGAGGGAGGGGAGGAGAGGACGCACGCUGUCCAGAGGUUGCUCCGCCUCCUACCUGGAGAGAACCUGCUUCUGCUGCGGCACGUUUUCGCCAUCCUGCACUGUAUCCAGGGCAACGCCCACGACAACCAGAUGAACGCCUUCAACCUGUCCGUCUGCAUCGCUCCCAGCAUGCUUUGGGCCCCAGCGCCAGGCACCCCCGAGAUGGAGGGGGAGGGCACCAAAAAGGUGUGCGAGCUGGUCCGCUUCCUCAUUGAGAACUGCGGCGGCGUCCUGGGAGAAGACGUCACCUCGCUGUUCAGGAGCUUCAGCCAGAAGAGCAGCAGCAGUGACCACGGAUCAGAUGUGUCGUCCUUCCAGAUGAACGAUUCGUCCUACGACAGUCUGGAGAACGAGCUGAACGACGACCCCGAGUCGCCCUUCCAGGAGCAGCUGCCGCUCCGCGACAAGGACAAGCCGGACAGCCGCAGCCGCGACUCCGUCAUCACGCUCAGCGACUGCGACCCCGAUCCCGACCCGGAGACCGACCUCCUGCUUCAGCUCCCCCCGCUGGCCAGACCCAGGAGGUUCAGCCCCGCGGUCCGUCAGCCCCGCAUGCGCCAGGCCAACGGCACGUUGCACGGUCCCAGGAGGCUGAGGAGAAGUUCGGAGCCCGCCUUGUCCCUGGCGAGCACGCCGCCGUCGGGCACCUUGACGGGUCACGUCGACAACCAUCGGCUGCCGGCAAGGAAGGCGAGCUACGAUGCCGCCAUAGAAGGGGAGCGGGCGGAGGGGGAGGGGGAGGUCUUUCUGGAGCAGGCGCUGAACGGGCUGCAGCUGAAGGAGGAGAGACACGAUGGAUGUGAAAAGGGAGGAGCCAAAGUCCAAAAUGGCGGCUGGAGGAAAGUGAAGCACGCGCCUCCGCCUCCACUGAGACUGGACGCCAGCUGUUCCAGUCUGUCGUCACCUGCCACCUCACCCACAGGCUCCUCCCUCAGCUCUUUAGACUCCGCCUUCUCGCAGUAUUCUACUGACUACGCCACCAAUGGCGUGAUUCCGUUGGCUGAGCCUCCUCCUCUCCUUCCCAGGCGGCCCCAGCCGUCACCCAGGGGCUCGCCGCCUCAGAGGGAAGCCACGACUCUUUCUCAACAGCCCAGCCAGCCCUGCCGAAUCGCCCAAGCCACCACCCACCCCCAUGGCCUCCACCCGAACACGUGGCUCAAGAAGGACCGCCGCUUGUCUCUAAGGCAGCCUGACAAUGGACCGGCAGACGAGGACUUGCCUGUGGUGAAUGGGAAACCCAACCCAACCAGUGAUGGCUACUCUGUCGGUGCCCAGGAGGCAGCGGGAACGAACCGAAGCUGCCAGCGGAGAUCCAGCAGCCCUCCGUCCUACCAGCAGGCUCUGCUGCAGCUGCAGCGCAACCGCUCCCCUUUCUACAAGGGGACUGAGAAACCCCUGACGGUCCGAGAGCUGAGGCAGCUCCACGACCAGACCUGUACCGACAGACCCCCAGCCUCCCCUAACAACCCCAAGCCACCCACAGGAAGCGAGGUCACACAGACACUGGCUGGAAAUGAGCGCGUGCAGCCCCCGCAGGGCGUUUUCUACGGACAGAGCGGCACCACUCUGGUCCUCCAGAGGCAAAACUCCCACUCUCUGACUCCGGCCAUGGAGGGUGACCGAGGGAAGACCCUUCCUCUCCCUCGCCGAGCGUCUGAGCCUGCCCAGGUGCCCGCGAACCCUUCUUACCCGUCCUCCAGCCUCAGCCUGAACAGGCCGAGAGUUUCUAAGGGCCAGUCCCAAGAUGGCGGCCUGAGAGUGUCGGACGUGGAGCCAAUCCACGCCGAGCCGCGCUUCUGCCUGUCUCCCUCUGCCACCCGGACCGUCAGGGACUACUUUUCCUCGCAGGAUCAGGAGGACGCAGACGUCUGCCUGCGGAGGAGUCAGGAGGUGGCACUGGCCAUUGUGCAGGGGAAGAGGGAGUGGCAGAGCAGGCGCUGCAGCGACCCACGAGUGGAGGACUUCGAACAGCUUUUUUUUGCGGAAGAGUCAUACGUGUAAAUACGAACAGUGUACAGACAAACUUUGUAUGAAAGAUGGAUUUCUUUUUUUACCUGAUGUGUUCGGACAACGGUUGUCAUUAUUAAUGUGAUGAUAUUCCUCCAUAUACACCUUUUUCCUUCCGGCAGCAGUAGUUACAAAAACAGCCCCGUACAAAAAGACAGUUUACUCUAAUGGUACAUCCAAGGUACAGAUGCACCACCUGCAACAGCGGUUCUCCAUGAGGGAAAAAUCUAUAUAUUGAAACAGACAUGUGACAAAAAGUACAUAUACAAGUUUUAAGUUGUUGGUCAUAAUCCAUUAUGGAUCUUAAAAAAAGAAGUGUUUUCAUGGAUUUGACCCUGAUUUUUACUUUGAAGCGUGUUGGUUGAAGAUUAUUUAUGAAGUAGUGAGGCCCAAUUUUUUUAAAAAUCUACAGAGAAACUGGUUCAAGUGUACAUCUGGAUCCCAGUCAUUAGCGAUGCUGCCAGUGCGUGUCAGCAUUACAGUCCUCCUUUUUAAAAUUCCAACCAUAAUGUAAAUUAGCAUACUUGUGGACAACAAAGUUGUCUUCGUGUGAAAAAAGAAAGAAAAACAAGGGAACAAUCAGGGGUUACAGACAUUUUACAGGGCUACGAAAGCACAGCGACUGUUUGCCAACGCUGCUCGCGGCGGCAUCAAUUGCAACAAUAUGGUCAAGAUGACUGACUUGAUGCAGAUGUACACAAACCCCACCAAUGUACAUACUUGUACCUUUAGAAAACAAUAUAUAUCGUAGAGCAUUUUUAACAGCAAUUCUACCUUUUAAUGACCGUUUGCAUCUGUUAAGUGAAGUGUUUUUUACAUCGGAAUCAGUGAAUCAAUAGGGUCGGUAUUUAUGCAUAUGAGCUGAGGUUCCAGACGCGCCGCCACACAGUGUCGUCCUGUGUAGCUCUGGUUUAUAUCUCUGUCACGCUGCGAGGGAGGGGAGGGGAGGGGAGCGGAUGAAGAAGAAAAACGUGUGUGUGUAUGUGUGUGUGCGUAAGAAAGUUUGCCGAAUAUGAUGUAAUCAUCAUCUCAUCAGCCUGUCCUGAGCAGGAAUGUGAGAGAACUUGUGCCACUGAGGGAGAAACCUCCUUUAUUCUUGCUUUCAUAGCACUUCAAUAGUCUCGCCAAGAAACCCUUCUAGUCUCACAGGAAAGUCAAGGAUACCGUGUGUGUGUGUGUGUGUGUGUAGAAUGCGUCAUUGAAAAUUGUCCAUAAUAAUAAUAAUGAUAUUUUGCCCACCUUACGAUGAAUGACCUUAUUUCACUGUGCAUUAUUGUGCUGUAAAGUAUGUAAAUACAUCCCUGUGGAUCAUACAAUUAUUAUCACAAUGUAGUUAUCAGUGUUACUAUGAAUUUCACUUUUCCACAGGACCACACACACACACACACACACACACACACUGGAAUAAGGCCAUUGUCACGUUAAGUGUUGCCAUUUUAUAUGGUCUCAAAAUGUACUUUAUCCUGUAUUAUUAAUAUUAUAUUUCUUAUCUCCUUUACAGUGAAUUGUGUCCAACAUGUAUAGCUCUGCAUAUUUAUGAUAUAGAAAAUAUAUAAAUAUAUAUAAAUAUAUUAUCUUGUUCCUUUGGUAUGUUGUGCUGUGACAAAAUCAUAAGUGUAUUUUUGUACAUGCCAAUUCUGCUGCUGCUGUCUCUAUAGAAAGUAUAUUUGCUACAAAAUGCACCAUUUGUAUAUUGUGUACAUCUGAUGUCCAGCGUUCACGAGAACAAAAAUGUUUUUGAUUUUUAAUAAAUGUUGCUCUUGUGAAACUA